AUUCGACUGCGGCAGUAAGCUUGCCUGCCUGCCUAUCUAACAAAGAACUGUCUUGUAGAUUUUGUUUUGAAAAGUAGGCUAAUUAACGAUACAGUUUUGACAAUGAAGUUCGUUAGAUUCGUCAUGAAGAAUGCAGCUUUGGCAAAUGUGCCUAAACACAUUGAACAUUUCUCAAAAUUUUCGCCAUCUCCAAUUUCAAUGAAACAGUUCAUCGACUUUGGUUCUUCUAAUGCAUGUGAGAAAACAUCGUUCGUAUUCCUUAGGCAGGAGUUGCCCGUGCGGCUCUCCAACAUCAUGAAAGAAAUCAAUCUUCUUCCCGACCGGUUGCUUACGACCCCGUCAGUGCAAAUUGUCCAAAGUUGGUAUAUUCAAAGCUUGAUGGAUAUUUUAGACUUCCUGGAAAAGUCGCCAGAUGACCACAGUGUUUUGGCAGAGUUUGUGACCACACUGGUGAAUAUCAGGAACAGGCACAAUGAUGUUGUGCCCACCAUGGCUCAAGGUGUCAUCGAGUACAAGGAAGCCUUCGGUGAGGAUCCAGUCACCAGCCAGAAUAUCCAGUAUUUCCUGGACCGCCUGUACAUGAGCCGAAUAUCCAUCAGAAUGCUCAUUAAUCAGCACACUCUUGUCUUUGAUGGAGAAAUGAAACCAGUUCACGCUAGUGCAAUAGGGAGUAUUGACCCUCACUGCAAUGUGACCGAGAUUGUCAGAGACGCUUAUGAAAAUGCCAAGGGGCUGUGUGAACAGUAUUACCUCAUCUCACCUGAUCUGCUCUUGAAUGAACUGAACACUAAAAGCAGGGGGCAGCCCAUCAAUAUGGUCUAUGUGCCUUCCCAUCUCUAUCAUAUGCUUUUUGAGCUGUUCAAGAAUGCUAUGAGGGCCACCAUUGAAAAUCACAGUAACAGCACCCUACCACCUGUUGAAGUCAUGGUGGCAAUAGGAGGGGAAGACUUGUCUAUUAAGGUGAGCGACAGGGGUGGUGGAGUCCCCUUCAGGAAGAUGGAGAAACUCUUCAGCUACAUGUAUUCCACUGCUCCCGCUCCACAUAUUGGCCAACACGACCGGCCUCCUCUGGCUGGCUUUGGCUACGGUCUGCCCAUCUCCCGCCUCUAUGCCCAGUACUUCCAGGGAGACCUCCAGCUGUACUCAAUGGAGGGUCAUGGGACUGAUGCCAUCAUUCACCUGAAGGCUUUGUCCACUGACUCUGUGGAGAGACUGCCCGUGUACAACAAGACGGCCAAGCGCAACUACAAAGUCAGCCAAAUGGCCGACGACUGGUGUGUUCCCACCAGAGAGCCUCUGGACCUGGCUGUGUUUCGGCUGUCUAAAUGAGAGAUGAAAGAAGGUCCAGCAGCGCUGCUGAUUUGCUUGCAGGGGAUCCUGCUAUGGCCUAGGCCAGUGUCCAGUCCAGAUGGAUAGGUUUUGGGAAACGGACUUAAGGACAUUGCUCUGUUUGGGUGUGAUCGUCAUGGGUUUAUCCCUCCUUUAAGCUUAAGAUGCCUCCAAAAGCUGUUGAGUAGUAACAGCUACUUACUUACACUGUUGACACUACCGUCUGGCCCACCAAUCACGUAAUGACGUUUCAUUCUCCCAGCCUGAAAGUACAGUUCUACUAAAUAACCCUCUUAGUAUUGCUUUAGUAGAGAUGAAAGACCAGGGACUCAUGUCAUGUUGACAUUUAACUCAACUCAUAAAAGCACAGCAGAACUUCGAUAUUAACACAGUCCACCUGAUUGGAGUUAGUUUGGGAUUCUGAAGGAUAGCUCAUAGUGAUAAGAAUUCCCUUAUAGAGACUAAUUCGGUAAGACAGGUGAAACCAAGCCAAAAAGCUGACGUGACUUUGGAAAAGCACUUGAGUUAAAAAGUGAAUCUUUUCUUAGCCAAUGGAGGCUAAAGGCUAAUAUGGCCUAAAAGCAGGUGAGAAGGCUGUGGAAUUGCCAUUAAAACAAAAAGGAUGGAGAGUUUGCACAGACAGCUCAGCAUGUUUUUAAUGCCUGACUGAUCUGCGUUUCAAGUGUUCUCAUGCUGGCUCAGCACCGUUUCAUCUUCCCAUGUAAUUUUGCAUGUGGUCAGAAACCAAAUGAAAAAAACGGAGGUGUUCCUGUCCACAGGCUUUGUGGAAUUAGAGAUGGAAACAUCUCGUGGUUGGUGUCGUGGCAUGGCAGAAAAAAAGGGAGAAACAUGAAAAGAAAGGAAAAGAGAAAGUAUCCCCAUUGAAGUGAUCAAAGGAACGUGUUCAGAGAUUGUUCAUGUUCAGAGAUUGAAGUGCAUUUCAUCCAGUCCAUGGCCAAAAGCAUCUACACUAUUGCAAUGGGUGAUUUUCAUGAGUCCUAUAUUUUUUCCCAAUUGUCGAAAGGCAAAACACUCCAAACAAAAAGAGAGUUAUCUCUGCAUCUAUCACAAAGUUUACGGGGCGUUUUCCACCAACAGAAAACCAUCUCCGAUCUUGGUUCAUGCUUCAGAUGGUGAUCAAUCAUUUCCACCUAAACUAAAUCAGUUCGGAACCUGAAAAGUUGGUUCAGAGCUGUCACCAGAAAAUAGUUGCACACAACACCUUCUGUUGAUGAUGCAAACAUGGCUCUAUCCAAAAUUGAUGGAAAUGCAAAAUGGUUUACUUAAUAGUACCAAGGUUCAAAGAAUUCUAAAAGAAACCAGUUGAAGAACCAGUUUUCUGUUGGAUGAAAAACAAACCAGUGGUGGAUGGCCUAAGUUAGCUAAAACCUGGUGCCCCUUUCCCUUUGAGUUCUACGGUACCUCGGUCAAGAGAUUUGGCCAUCGCCUCUGCCAUAUUUCUGAAACCAUAUUUGGUAACAAUGCCCAAAGCAAUGCUUGCCUCUUCCUCCUCUCUCCUCCACUCUUAAAAUGAAUGUGUUGGAAACAAUGCAAACUGUGUUGUCUAUCUGGACACAAAAGAUGUGUUAAAAACAAUGCAAGUUGUGUUGUUUUCAACACAUUCGUUUUAAGAGUAUACCCACUUCAGUUGCUAACACAUUGACCUCUACAGUAUAGCGAUAGGUAAGAUUCAAGUGAAUGUGAAAGCAGAAUGCCUUCUUGUCAACACCAGGUCCUGUCUUGUCUUAUCACCCCUGAAUUGUAUUAUCUCCUCUGUCUCCUCAUUGGUCAGUGUAGUCGUGUUUACCUUCAGAGCCAUUUAAAGUGUAACUACUUUGGGAAGUGUCUUUCCAAACUCCUGCAUUUUUAAAAACGCGAUGUUAAACAAAUGUUAUUUGUUCUUUUGUAACACUAUUGCUGUGGAUUGGAUUUGAUAGACAAUGGAUAUCAAGUCUUUGUCACACAUAACUGUAGCAUGCCAGCCUGCUUUUGUAGACCAGGUUAAAAAGACUAGCAGAGAACCUGUAGCUUUUCUGCUUGAACUACCUCAUGUUUAGUGGGGGUUUGUGUCGUCACUGUUUCCGUUAAAAGCCAUAAGCUGUGUUGUAAAGAGUGCAAGUAGAUCUCAUGGGUCCAAUACAAAGGCCUUUGAUCUCUUUCUCCUCCAUGUGCCUUCUCCUAGAGAGCCUAAACGUCACUGUUGUGAGUAUGGACCAGGCAUGUCGAGAGUAUGAACUCUCUUUUGUGUGUGUCAUAAAGUAAACGUUGCUUUUAAAAUCAAUGUACUUAUUUUUGUUCAAAAGUGAAUCUAUUUUCCAUUUUAAAUGAAAAGAAGAGUGAAGAUUAUGUGUAAAUAAACUAUUUCCAAGUGAA